AUGUUUUAUGGAGAAAACUGUCAAUACAAGAGUUCAUGUAACGAUCUGCACACAAAGUCGGUAAAUCCAGUUAAUGGUCUGUGUACUUGCUACUUAAACUGGACUUCGACGGAUUGUACUGUAGAUUUUAAUGAGUGUAGCGUCAGUCCUUGCAAUGCCACUAACUCCAACUGUGAAAACUUUGACGGUUCAUAUCUAUGUAGAUGU